AUGGAAGAAAUAAUUCUCCAUAUGAUUAUUAUUGCACCAUUAACAAAAUGGUUGAUUGGAUCAAAUAGGCGAUGGAACCAAGGGAAAAGAGAAUAUGGUAUAUAUAUAGCUUUGCUUGUAUUAUUUUGUGUAGGUAUAUAUGAGUUAAGAAAACCAAAUCAGAAUUUGUAUGAAGUAUUAAAUUUGAAUUCUUAUGCUUCAAGAACUGAUAUACAACAAUCAUUUCGAAAAAUGUCAAGGAUAUAUCAUCCAGAUAAAAAUAAAGAACCUGAUUCUUUAGAUCGUUUUAAUAAGAUAAGAGAAGCAUAUGAAGUGUUAUCUAAUGAGAAAAAGAAAUAUAUAUAUGAUAGAUUUGGAGAUUUUGGUGAUAGUGAAAUAACAAGUUUUUUUUAUGUAGAAAUUAUAAUUAUAGCUAUGUUUCAAUUUGCUAUAUCUUUUAUAUUUGGUUUUCUAUAUACAUAUGGAAAAGAUAAUGAAAAGUAUAGGAUGCUUAUAUGUUUAUAUAUAGCUUUGAAUUUUUGUAUGGAAUUAAUAUUAAGAUUUAGCCCAGAAAGUACAUUAUUUCUAUCUUUUAUUCCUAUACUAUCUCAUUAUACACCGUUUGAAAGGAUACAUGCAUUUAGGGUACUAGUACCUUUAGUAAUGAAUGCUAUAUUAUUGGUAGAUAUAUAUUACAUUGAAGAAGACACAGAGGUAUAUGUCUCUACAUUUUGUGAAUAUGUUUUUGAAAAUAAUUCAAAGUCCAUAAAAAAUUAUGACGACGCUCUUUUAUUUUGCGCCCGACUAGUAGACGGCAAAAUGAACAAAGCCAGCAAUUUUUCAUGGAGAGAAGAGAAAAGUUCUUUAGAUAUUACAAAUAUGUACGAAUUAGAUGAUGAAAAAGUAUUUGACAAACAAUAUGAUAAGGAUGAUAUUUUUUAUUCCGUAUUAUAUAAUAUCAUUGAAAGUAAUAAAAAUCAAAUUGAUUUAAAAAUACCAAAAAAAGAAUUGUGUAGAAGGUUCGAUUGGUCCAGAUGGUAUACAACAGCUAUUCUUGAGAAAAACACCGAAGAGAAAAAUUUUGUUGAAAGCAAUGCAACCAAGGGUAUUAUAUUUUCUACGGUUCUAUAUUUUAUUGGACUGGUUUCUCACCUCGUAUCAAAAUAA